UGACGUGGCCCCGCGCCGUCCGCGCCUGCGCAGCAGCGAACGGCGGCGGCGGCGGCCCCGGAGGGCGCGGGCGGCCGGGCCUCACGAUGGGGGCGGCGGCCGCCGAAGCGGACCGGACGCUGUUCGUGGGGAACCUGGACCCGCGGGUGACGGAGGAGCUGAUCUUCGAGCUGUUCCACCAGGCAGGGCCGGUGAUUAAGGUUAAAAUCCCCAAGGACAGGGAUGGCAAGCAGAAGCAGUUUGCCUUCGUCAACUUCAAGCACGAGGAAUCCGUCCCCUACGGAAUGAGCCUGCUCAACGGCAUCAAGCUCUACGGGAGGCCCAUCAAAAUUCAGUUCCGAUCAGGGAGCAGUCAUGCAUCUCAGGACGGUAAUUCAUCUUCUUUACCACAUGGAACUGCCAAUACCAGCCCAUCUGGCACAGCACAUCCAGCUUCCAGCAGAUACGAUAAGAGUCCAGAUAAUGCGGUAGCAGCAGGAUUCUCAUCUGUGCAGAGGUCUCUGCCGUCUCCUGAUAACCUUCAGAGACAAGGAGUGAUGCACGGUGCGAUGCGGCAGCAGUCCCAGUACGGUGGGAAGUAUGAUCACCCUGGCUUUGCUGCCUCCGGGUACCAGCACGGGCACUCGUUUAACCACUCGUCAGCCUCGCAGAUGCAGUGGCGCCCAGACGUCGCAGCGCUGCGCAAGACCAGGAUGGGCUCCCACCCCUAUUACUCGGACAGUCGGCAUUUUGGCCGAGAACAGCGUUUUGGGGACCGUGGGCCUGACUAUUGCAGGGGCAAAAGGGAUGACUACGGGUUUGAAGACAGAGGCCACGACUCUGACCAUCAUUACCGGGGGAGCAGAGACGACUUUGUCUACGAAGACAGGAAUCGUGAAGGCUGGAGCCAUGAUUACGAAAACAGAAGAGAGAACUACAGAGAGGGCAAGUGGCGCCUGUCACGGCAUUAACAAGCACUCAGUAGGCUUCAAAGAACUUUAUGGGAAACUUUAACCUGUUUCUAACUGAAUCUGUGUAAAAUAAACCCAUCAUAGUUACCAUUUAACAUUUGUAAAACUACUAGCAGAAUGCUCCAAAACUAGCAUCUUAUUUUUAAACGUGUUAACGGCACCAAACCUGUCUGAAUUUAAAAAGCGCUUGGACUGUGCACUUAGUCACAGGGUCUGAGCUUUUGGGCAGACCUGUGCGGUGCCAGGAGUUGGACUCGAUGAUCCUUACGGGUCCCUUCCAACGCGGGAUGUUCUCUGAUUCUGAUAACUCAACACCUCAGGGCUCUAUGCAAGAAAACAAACGUGCCACAUUUUGAGAGUUGUUGCUGGGUGCUUGUAUUAUAACCAAGAGUGUAUUUUUGUAGGAGGAGGGCUCUGUCAGGUGCAGGCACACACCCCUUGAAGCAGAGCCCGAGGGCUGUGAUGCUUUGUGGCACCUGACGCGCGUUUCCAACCGUUUUGAUACACAAGCGAUUCCUUUUGAAUAUUCCUUGUUUUGGAGAAGAACAUUAAAAGCCUCCCCGUGGAUAAACCAUA